AUGGACGAUGACCUGAAAGGGGUCACAGUCCCCCAUGACGAUGCCCUCGUGGUCGCAGCAAUCAUCACCAACCACAAGGUGAAGAAGAUCCUAGUGGAUAACGGCUCCUCGGUCAACAUCCUCUUCUACGACACCUUCGAAAGGAUGAAGCUCGCGCCCGAGCGGCUCCAGCCAGUUGAUGUUCCCCUCGUCGGCUUCUCUGGUAGUGUCAUCAGAUCGAAGGGAAAGAUCACCUUGCCCAUCAUGGUAGGGAUUGAACCGGACCAGGUGACUUGGAUGCAUGAGUUCUUAGUAGUGAAGGUUGGCUCCCCCUACAACAUAAUAAUGGGGAGGCCUACCCUUUACGUGCUGAGGGUAGCCAUGUCUUUCUUCCACCUGGUCCUCAAAUUCCCCACUGAGCACAGCGUUGGAGUUGUUCGUGGGAACCAGCAAAUCGCCUGCCAGUGCUAUGUGGCUAUGCUAAAGGGCAAGAACAAGGAGGCCCUGUCAUUGGAGGGUCUCAACCUCAGGGAGGAACCAUCGAGCCGAGGCCAGCCGGUUGAGGACCUCGUCUCGGUUCCCCUGGAUGAGGCAAACCCUAAGAAAGCAGUCCACGUUGGGUCCAACCUUCCCCCUAAAUGCCUAUCCGAACUGAUCUAUAUUGACUUCAUAGACCUUAACGGAGCCUGCCUGAAAGACAGUUUUCCUUUACCAUGGAUAGACCACCUCAUCGACGCCACUGUAGGGUACGAGCUACUCAACUUCAUGGAUGCCUUUUCCGGAUACAACCAAAUAAAGAUGCACCCUGAGGAUGAGGAGAAGACCCCGUUCAUCACCGAGCAUGACACAUAUUGCUACAAAGUGAUGCCGUUCGGACUCAAGAAUGCGGGGGCCACCUACCAAUGUCUUGUCAACAAGGUGUUUAAGAACCAGAUGGGGAGGAACGUCGAAGCAUAUGUAGAUGACAUAGUAGUGAAGAGCCAGAAAGCCAAAGCACACACCUUGGACCUGGACGAAACCUUUGACACUUUACGCAAAUUCAACAUGAAGCUUAACCCAAACAAGUGUGCCUUCAAUGUCACCUCGGGAAAAUUCUUGGGUUUCUUCAUCACCCAAAGAGACAUUGAAACCAACCCGAACAAGAUGCAGGCCAUAUUAGACAUGGCGCCCCUCAGUCAAUGA